AUACACACACACACAGACACACACACAGACACACAGAUAGACGAGGGAGGGUGGGAGACCACGCGGGGGGCGGGGGAGAGCGCAAGAGGAGGAGAGCAGAGGAGGGAGGGGGGGGCCGCCCACGGCAGCCCCCGGGCUAGGGGAGUCCAGCCCAGAUAUUGAGUCUAGCCACUGAGAGAGCCAAACUCUUGUGUGUGUGCGCGCGUGUGUGUGUGCGUGUAUGUGUGUAUGUGUGUGUGUGUCUCUUCAAUAGCCCCCAAGAUGGCCGCCAAUGUGGGAUCGAUGUUUCAAUAUUGGAAGCAGUUUGAUCUACGACGGCUCCAGAAGGAGCUUAAUUCUGUUGCCUCUGAGCUGGCGUCGCGGCAGGAGGAGAGCCAGAAUUCUCAUAAACAUUUAAUUGAACUCCGUCGGGAAUUUAAGAAAAAUGUACCUGAGGAAAUCAGGGAGAUGGUCGCUCCUGUCUUAAAGAGUUUCCAAGCUGAGGUGGUUGCCCUUAGUAAGAGAAGCCAGGAGGCUGAGUCUGCCUUCCUGAGUGUCUACAAGCAAUUAAUUGAAGCACCAGACCCUGUGCCUGUGUUUGAGGCAGCAAGAAGCUUGGAAGAUAGAUUGCAGCAGCUACAAGCUUUCGACCCUACCAGCCAACCCCUGAAAGAUCUCCACGUCCAGUGGAAGAAGCACCCAGACAUUCUCAAGACCAAAGAGCAGAGAGAAGGGACGACUCCAGUUGGGUUCACGGUGUCAGAGGGACCCAGGCUUCCGGGCAUUCCCAACAAAGCACUUUUAACAGAAACCUUGCUGCAGAGAAAUGAGGCAGAGAAACCAAAGGGCCUUCAGGAAGCACAGAUCACUUUGGCCGCUAGACUGGGGGAAGCAGAAGAAAAGAUCAAGAUUCUACAUUCAGCGCUAAAGGCCACACAGACAGAGCUCCUGGACCUGCGGUGUAAAUACGAUGAAGAGGCAGCUUCCAAGGCAGAUGAAGUAGGAAUGAUCAUGACCAACCUGGAAAAGGCCAAUCAGAGAGCCGAGGCAGCCCAGAGGGAAGUGGAGAGCCUGCGGGAGCAGCUGGCAUCCGUCAACAGCUCCAUCCGCCUGGCCUGCUGCUCUCCCCAAGGACCCAGCGGGGAUAAGGUCAACUAUGCCCUGUGCUCUGGACCCCGGCUGGAGGCUGCCCUGGCCUCCAAGGACCGCGAGAUCCUGCGGCUUCUCAAAGACAUCCAGCAACUCCAGAACUCGCUCCAGGAACUAGAAGAGACAUCGGCCAAUCAGAUAGCAGAUCUGGAGAGGCAGCUGACGGCCAAAACAGAAGCCAUCGAGAAGUUGGAAGAGAAGCUCCAGGCUCAGUCUGACUAUGAGGAAAUCAAAACAGAGCUAAGCAUCCUGAAAGCUAUGAAGUUGGCCUCCAGCUCUUGUAGCCUCUCCCAGAGUAUGGCCAAGCCUGAGGACGCAUUGAUGAUUGGAAAGGAUGGGUUCUUUCCGGCCCAGAAAUUUCUCCUGGAAAAGCCCAGCCUCUUGGCUAGCACUGAGGAGGAUCAUUCUGAAGAUGACUCGAUCAAAGAUUCUCUGGGGACGGAUCAGUCCUACCCCUCCCCGCAGCAGCUGCCUCAUCCUUCGGGGCCAGAAGACCCCAUCUCCCCCGGCCCUGUCCAGUCCCUGCUGGGACCCAGCUUGGGACAGGAAGGCCAGAGGACUUUCUCCCUGUCCCCCUUCCCUAGUCUGGGCACCGGUGAAAGGCUCCCAGGGGAGUCACUCCUCCCCAAGCCGAUCAUGCCCCCGGCAUUCAAGGGUGAGGGAGGUGGCCUACUGGUGUUCCCACCGGCGUUCUACAACGCCAAGCCGCCGCCGCCUCCGCCCCCCCCCAAUCCCCCUGCCAGCACCGACACCGCCACCCCCGGCCCCCCUGGGGACCCCGCGGAGGGCGGCCCAGCGGAUGAGGAGCAGCUGGACACGGCAGAGAUCGCCUUCCAGGUGAAGGAACAGCUGCUGAAACACAACAUCGGUCAGCGAGUGUUCGGGCACUACGUGCUGGGUCUGUCCCAGGGCUCUGUCAGCGAGAUCCUGGCCCGGCCCAAGCCCUGGAGGAAGCUCACGGUCAAAGGCAAGGAGCCCUUCAUCAAGAUGAAGCAGUUCCUGUCCGACGAGCAGAACGUGCUGGCCCUGAGGACCAUCCAGGUGCGCCAGCGAGGCAGCAUCACCCCAAGGAUCCGGACUCCCGAGACGGGCUCAGACGAUGCCAUCAAAAACAUCUUGGAGCAAGCAAAGAAGGAAAUUGAGUCUCAAAAGGGAGGUGAGGCCAAGAACCCCUCCAUCCCUCUCAGCGUCCCUAAUGGCACCACCACCAGCACCUCAGAAGAUGCGAUUAAGAGUAUCCUAGAGCAAGCUCGGCGGGAGAUGCAGGCCCAGCAACAGGCCCUGCUGGAGAUGGAGUCGUCUGGCCGCAGCGGGGGGCGCUCGGUGCCCCCCUCACCCACGGAGCGCCCCACACUGGCCGCCGUCAGCCAGAACAUCGUGCAGGCCUACAUCAAGCAGGAGGAGGGGCCGGCGGGGCUCGGGGUGAGUGGCAACGGCGCCGCGCAGACCCCCCUCACCGUGCUGUCCCCCGCCGCCUUCGUCCAGAGCAUCAUCCGCAAGGUCAAGUCCGAGAUCGGCGACGCCGGCACCUACUUCGACCAGCACUGGGCCUCCGAGCGCAGCAUCCUCAGCCGGCCCUACACGUCCGUCUCGCCGUCCCUCUCCUCCUCGUCCUCCAGCUACUCCAGCCAGGCCAACGGGCGGCCAUGGCCCCGGGGAGAGCCUGGGGAGGCCUUGGCCAACGAGGAGGAGGCCCCGGUGGCCGGCAAUGGGGAAGACGAGCUGCCCAAGGCGGGAGACAUGAAGCUGGAGGGGGCCGGCGCGGAGCCCCCCGGCAGUGGGCGGCUGACCUAUUACCCGGCUUAUGUGCCCAGGACCCUGAAGCCCACGGUGCCCCCCCUGACCCCGGAGCAGUACGAGAUGUACAUGUACCGGGAGGUGGACACUCUAGAGCUGACUCGCCAGGUCAAGGAGAAGCUGGCCAAGAACGGCAUCUGCCAGAGGAUCUUCGGAGAGAAGGUGCUGGGCUUGUCCCAGGGCAGCGUGAGCGACAUGCUUUCCCGGCCCAAACCGUGGAGCAAGCUGACACAGAAGGGACGCGAACCAUUCAUCCGGAUGCAGCUGUGGCUCACGGAUCAGCUGGGCCAGGCCAUCAGCCAACAGCCCAACCCCACUCAGGCAAGUCCAGCAGAAGCCAGGUCUACCCCAUCCCCACCACCAAGCCCUGGGGAGCCAGAAAAAAGCUCCCAAGAGCCCCUGAGCCUGACCCUGGAGAGCAGCAAAGAAAACCAGCAGCCUGAGGGCCGCUGCAGCUCCUCGCUGAGUGGAAAGACCUACACCAGCAGUCAGGCACCUGGAGGCAUCCAAGAGAUUGUGGCCAUGUCCCCUGAGCUGGACACGUAUUCCAUUACCAAGAAGGUCAAGGAGGUGCUAACAGAUAAUAACCUAGGUCAGCGGCUCUUUGGGGAGAGCAUCCUGGGCCUGACGCAGGGCUCAGUGUCUGACCUGCUAUCCCGCCCCAAGCCAUGGCACAAGCUCAGCCUGAAGGGCAGGGAGCCCUUCGUGCGGAUGCAGCUUUGGCUGAAUGACCCCCACAAUGUGGAAAAGCUCCGGGACAUGAAGAAAAUGGAAAAGAAAGCCUACCUGAAACGCCGCUAUGGGCUCAUCAGCACCGGCUCUGACAGCGAAUCGCCCGUCACGCGCUCCGAGUGCCCCAGCCCCGGGCUUCAGCCCCAGGACCUGAGCCUCCUGCAGAUUAAGAAGCCCAGGGUGGUCCUGGCCCCCGAGGAGAAGGAGGCCCUGAAGAAAGCCUACCAGCUGGAGCCCUACCCAUCCCAACAGACCAUCGAGCUGCUCUCUUUUCAGCUUAACCUCAAGACCAACACCGUCAUCAACUGGUUCCACAAUUAUAGGUCCAGAAUGCGUCGAGAGAUGCUGGUGGAGGGCACCCAGGACAAUGACACUGACCUAGAGCAGAGCAGCUGCCCCAGCUUCCCCCCAGCCAGCAACUCACACCAAGGGCCCACCCCGCCGAGCCCAGACUCAGAGGCCGAAGACCAGAAACCCGUGGUGAAGGAGUUAGAGCUACAGGGGACAAGUGACAGCUUUGGCCCUCUCGCCGUCCAAGGCAAGACCCUGAUUGUGAUCAAGCAAGAGCAGGAGGAGAGGGAGGAAGAAGAGGAGGGCUCAGGGCUCCCAGACUCAGGGGAGGCAGAAAUGGGCCAGAGCCAGAGCCUCAAAGAAGAGCUGCCUGAGCCAACAGGUGCCGAAGACGUCCAGAAGAGGACCUCAGGGUCCCUGCCGCCUGGUAGCCACGUGUACCAGGCACCCACUCCCCCAGACUGCCCCCUCCUACACCUGCCCCAAGAGAUUGAGGAUGGGGAGCGGCUCCACCCUGACCCCAUCAGCUUUAAAUCCACCUCCGAGUCCUCUCGCUGUAGCCUGGAGGUAUCCCUGAACUCGCCCUCCGCCGCCUCCUCUCCCGGCCUCAUGAUGUCCGUGUCACCUGUGCCCUCCUCCUCGGCCCCCAUCUCUCCCUCCCCACCCGGCGCCACCCUUGCCAAAGUGCCGAGUUCCAGCCCCUCUGCAGAGGCGGCAGGGGCCUUGCACCCCAGCAUCAAGGCGAACCCCAGCACCCAACGGCGGCACGAGAAGAUGGCCAACCUGAAUAACAUCAUCCACCGGUUAGAGAGAGCCGCCAACCGAGAGGAGGCCAUGGAGUGGGAGUUCUGAACCUCAGAGCCCACUCCCUGUCUCCUUCGGAUGGCCAGCCCCUCUGUCUGAGGGAGAGAAGAUCAGGGGAGGGGGGCAAAACAGAACCACCAGACUUAUCUGUGGACCGUGAUUUGUGGGGGUUGUUUUUUAAUUCCAUGAAAUUUUGAGGGGGAUGGGUGGGAAGUUUCCAAGUCAGGCCUUCUCUUCAGCCCUGACUGACAUCCCUGCAAGUGGUGGUGGGCUCAGCCCCUUUCCAUCUUUGCUGGGAAAACUCAGAACUCUUUUAGAAAGAAAAAAAAAGAAAAUAUUUAUAGACCUCUUUUAGCUAUUUUAAUAAAGGAUCCUUUCGAAUUUAUUAACGGUUUAAGCUGCUUUGAUAUUCAAGAGAGCUAUAAGUCAGGACAAUGUAGCAGUUGUCAGGAGACAAACCGUCUCUGAAGUCUUGUACUUUGCCACUGGAUGAGAUUAAAGAAGACAUUUGCUCAAAGCCAUCACAAAACGUUAUGAGACUGACCAAAUGGAGUAACUUUUGAAGCGCAGUUUUUUUCCCCCACGUUUGUCUGUGAGACAGUGCAUUACUACUGCCCUUUCCAAGACUGUUGAAAAAAAAAGGAAAAAAAAGUCCCACAAGACUCUAAAUGCAAACUUUGAUGCCAUCGAAUAUAUAUUUCGUUCUGGUGGUAUGUUUUUGGAAACCCUUUGUAACACCGAAUGUCAUGUGCCGUUGUAUAUGUUGUAGAAAUGUCGGCAGUAGUCCUUCCUGAACGAGAUGUAGCAUGGUACAUUAAAAAAAAUUUCCUUACACUUCCUCUAGUUAGAAACCUGCAAUCCACAGAAGCCAAGCACCGUCCAUGGACAAAACACAUUUCCUGAUCCCCCAAGUGACCUGUGUAUGAGUGCAAGAGGGUAAGGGGUGAAGGAUUUAGAGAGAAGGCUGGAGCCUAGCCCAGCCUGGGGGGGGAGGAUGGUGAGGAGCAGGAAGACAAGUCAGAGGUACUGACAAGUCCUUGGCCCAGACAGGUCUCUACCCACAAAUAGGGAAUGCCACUUGACACCUGGGAGAGUCUCCCUAAGAGAGUUGGGGCGUACCCCGGGUAAGACGCUGCCGUCUUUCUACCCUUCCCUGGGAAUGAAAUACUAUCAUUCUCUUCUUCCUCAUCUUUUGAGAAAGCCACAAAAUUCAUCCUCCUCCUUGCCCUGGGGCUUGUUAAGAACCCACUUAGAAAAGAAAUUAAAAACCUCCGGCUUCCCUUCCUAUUUUCUAUCCUGUUUUGAGGUAGCUGGAUAGCAUUCAAAACUCAGAUAUUCUAGGUCUGAGAGCUGGAUCUGGGGAAUGUGGGAAGUCAGAUGGGAUUGGUCCCUUCCUCUGUGACUUGAUGAUGUCCUCCUCUCAGAGGUCAGACUGUCAGACCACAAGCAUUAAUGGGGAGGGACAGAGAAGCUCUCAAAGCAUCUUCCCCAGAUCCAAAUGAACUGGCUCUCAAAGACCAGAAAGCCUUGCCAUCACAUUCAAAGGCAGAAUCUCUUGAGUGGUACCUAACUUCUUAGCAGUGGCAAGCUUUGUAGGUUUCUUUGGGGUUUUCCCCACAUGGGUGGCAUGUGGAACUGACAUUUUUUUGGUUGUUUUUUUUUAACCUCUCCAUUAAAAGGCUGUCCAAAACACUGGUUGAAUCCAAAGUUAAGUCAGGACAGCCAGAGGCAGGGAAAGUUUAUUGCCUUUGAGAGAGACAGAUAUGACUGAUGAGGGGCUUAGUGAGUUUGGGGAGGGAGGGUGUGAAAAGUGUUUUGAAGCACCAGGAAGCCACAGGGAGGAUGCAAGAGGACUUGAGGUUGUUCCAGAGAACACAGUUCUAACAUGUCUGGCCAUGGGCCCCUCGGUCAUCCAAGCAGAACCUCUGUACCAAAUGGCCCAGGCAAACCCUGACGGGGAAAACUUAACCUUUCCACACACCCAGGCUAUGCAUCGAAGAGUUUUCCACUGUAUACAUUUUUAUCCAAAUGAAGGUAUUUUUAUAUUCUGGCAAUAGUUAACAGUGACCAAUUUUGAAAAGGAAUGAUCCUGGAAUAGAGACCACCUUCGUUUCACAACCAUAGCCCCGUCAGAACCAAGCGAACCAUGGAAAUGGACCUAUUUUUACUGUCAAAACCAACGCUACACUGAGGUCUAGGCAUACACGCGAACGACUCCAUAGAGUGCUUGCUGUAGCUUUAGUGGAACGGGAUUGGAAUAAGCACUUAGUAUAGUCUUGGAACACAGAAAUCCUGUUGUACUCAAAGCUAGUGGACCUGGGAAUACCUUUCGUUGGGCUCAUGUACUGUAUGGAAAAAAAAAGUUUCUAUGAGAGAUUGACGAACUUUGUUAAAAAUUUUAAAAAUGAACAAGUUCUGUAACAAGCCACUAAAUACAGAAUUGUAUAAUAA